AUGUCGAAACAACAGACUUCUAUUAGCUCCUUCUUCAAGCCGAAAAAUAGUGCCAAGACAUCAGAAGCAGCUCAAACUAAGAAACCGCUUGGUUUGAGUAACAAAGAGAACGAAAAAGACCUCGUCAAAAAGACGAAGAAGAUCCUCAUUGAUUCAGAAGAUGACGAUGAUAUUAGAAGAAAAAGAAGCCGCAACAAGGGCCUAGAAAGCACGGAAGAGGAAGACAAUGCGCCAGUUGUGGAGAAGGAAGAGCAGAAGCCCCCGAAGAAAAAACUCAAGAAAGAUAAAGAAACGGAGAAAAAGAAGAAGAAAAAAUCUAAAAUCCGAAAUGAAAUGAAGGGGUUUGUGGUCAGUGACAGCGAAAGUGAGGAUGAACUGCAUCGGCCAAACUUCAAUCGUCGUGCUAUUGAUGACUCGGAUUCCGAAGACGAGGACGAUGGAGAGUACGAAGGAUCAGUUCAUUCUUCAUCUGAUAAUCUGGAGUACGAUUCUAACGACGACGACGAUCUCGGUGAUGAGGCUGCUUGGCUUCAGAAAGAUUUGUUCAACGACGAGAAAAGAAUUCAUGUGAAAAAGAGCAAAAAAGAAUUGCGCGACGAAAAAUCUUCGAAAAACUCACGGAAAGUUACCGGACCGAAUUCUGGCUCUUCAGAUGAAGGAUCCAAUCUUCCUCAGCGAGAAUACGGAGACACUGAGCCGUUUUCCGCCAGUCCAGUAGAGGACAAUAAUGAUAAGCCUGGGCCUAGUUCCUUGGGAAAAGACAAGUCCAGUGAGACCAUGGGCAUUCCAAAGAUGGCAUCGGACUUCUUCUCAAAGAAGCAGAAUUCCACAAAAAAGGAAGUGAAAAAGGAGCCCAAAGCUUCUCCCAAAAAGGCGAAAAAAGAGGCAAAAGUCUCCCCGAAGAAGGAAUCAAAGGUAAAGAAAGAACCAAAAUCACCGUCUAAAGCUCGCGACACUUCGCCCUCCUCCUCCUCUCCAAAAAAAUCACCAGCCAAAGUGCCAGAAGUGAAGGAAGGCGACUACAAUCCCACCUUGUCAAAUUACCAUGCUAUCAAAAAUGCCUGCUGGAAGGAAGGCCAACCUGUCCCUUACGCAGCUUUAUGCCAGACUUUAAAAUGCUGCGAAGAGACCUCUGGGCGACUGAACAAGACCGAGUACUUGGCAAAUUUCUAUCGCUCUGUAAUCGCACUUAACACAGCCGAAGAUGUCGUCACUGCCCUCCAUCUAUCACUUAAUCUGCUUGCUGCUACUUACGAAGGCGUCGAGCUAGGAAUCGGUGAUAUGGUCCUCAUCAAGGCGAUUUCCCAAGCAACAGGCCGCCCGAAUCAGAAAAUCAAGGCGGAUAUGCAAUCCCUUGGUGAUCUUGGUGAAGUUGCUGAGAAUUCAAAGGGGUCUCAGAAACUGAUGUUCAAGCCACCCCCUCUCAAGAUGCAAAAAGUCUACGGUCAGUUGCAAAAGAUCGCGAAAGUUUCUGGGCAGAGUUCUAUGAACACAAAAGUCGACCUUAUCAAGGGCUUGCUCGUUGCUUGCGUUGGUUCAGAGGCGAGAUUCUUGAUCCGCUCUUGCGCAGGAAAACUUCGUAUCGGUGUCUCUGAAGCUACAGUCUUAUCUGCUUUGGCCAGGGCAAUCGUCUUCCACGAGCUUGGAGAGACGAAAAACUCCAAGUUCUCCAAGGAACGCUACGAUCGAGUUGAUGCGAUCGUAAAAGAAGCCUACUGCGAGCUUCCAAAUUACAAAAUCAUUGUCGACGCUUUGCUCGAGCACGGGUCGGAUAACCUCGCCGACCACGUUUCUCUUCAACCUGGAGUGCCACUAAAACCAAUGUUGGCUCAUCCGACGAAAGCAAUCACCGAAAUUCUGACUCGCUUUGGCGCUGGAGCCGAGUUCACUGCCGAAUACAAAUAUGACGGAGAACGAGCGCAAAUCCACUUGUUGGAAGAUGGCUCUUUCCGAGUCUACUCCAGAAACCAAGAAGACAACACGUCCAAAUAUCCAGACGUCAUGACGAGAAUGCCCAACUGCUUGCAAGAUGUAACAUCGGCUGUUAUCGACUCGGAGAGCGUCGCGUGGGACCCCGAGACCAAACAGAUUCUCCCCUUUCAAGUGCUCACUACUCGUAAGCGAAAGGAUGUUGAUGCGAAAGACAUCAAGGUGCAAGUGUGUAUUCACGCCUUCGAUUUACUCUACCUCAACGGCGAGUCUCUGGUGAAGAAGUCGCUCCGUGAACGAAGGGAACUGCUCCACAAGCAUUUCAAGAGCAUUGAAGGGGAGUUCGUCUUUGCCACCGCAAAGGACAUGUGCGAGAUCGACGAGCUACAGGUCUUUUUGGAUCAAGCCGUGAAAGACUCCACUGAAGGUCUGAUGGUCAAAGCCCUUGAAGACUCGUACGAGAUUUCAAAACGCUCACACAGCUGGCUCAAAUUGAAGAAGGACUAUCUUGGCAGUGGCGUUGCCGACUCAGUUGAUGUGCUUGUGAUGGGCGCCUAUUACGGAAAAGGAAAGCGCAGCGGCAAUUAUGGCGGUUUUCUCCUUGGAGUUUACGAUGCAGACAACGAGGAGUACCAGACUGUGUGCAAGCUUGGCACGGGAUUGACCGACGAGAAUCUCAAGCUGUUUACCGAGCGGCUAGAGAAGAUAAAGAGCGAGAAGAAAUCUUACUAUCGCCUCGGUGGUGUCACUGCAGACGUCUACUUCGAGCCAGAAAUGGUUUGGGAGAUCAAGUGCGCAGAUCUCUCAAUUUCUCCAGUGCACACUGCUGCUACUGGUCUUGCUGAUCCUUCAAAGGGAAUCUCCCUGCGUUUCCCUCGGUUCAUUCGAGAAAGAGACGAUAAGUCUCCUGAAAUGGCCACUUCAGCAGACCAAAUUUUCGAAAUGUAUAAUUCACAGGAUGUCAUUCAAAACUCCGCCGCAAGAGGAGGCCCGAAAUGA